GAUAUUGAGAAAAUGGUGUCAAUUGACGUAGCAAAGGCGUUGUGAAAAUAUAUUAAUCUUCUUUUCAAUUACUUUGUGACUUUAUUACCUGCAUUCCCAUUUUUUUGUGCCUAGAGUAUUAAAUUUUACUGUCCAGCUUUAAUUUUUUUGAAAACUAUGGGACGAAAGAAAAAGAAGCCUUCCAAACCUUGGUGCUGGUAUUGUAAUAGAGAAUUUGAUGAUGAAAAAAUACUAAUACAGCAUCAAAAAGCAAAACAUUUCAAGUGCCACAUUUGUCACAAAAAGCUCUAUACAGGCCCUGGUUUGGCAAUUCAUUGCAUGCAGGUGCAUAAAGAUACUCUCGAUAAAGUUCCAAAUGCUUUGCCAAAUAGAAAUAGUGUAGAUAUAGAAAUUUAUGGAAUGGAAGGUAUUCCUGAAGAAGAUAUGAGGGAACAUGAACGGCAAAAGCAGGGCAACUCCAGAGCUCCAGAUAGUGAUGAAGAUCUUGAUACCAAAUCAGAUAAUAGCAAUCAAGGUAUGCCUAACAUGCCAAGCAUGUCUUCUAUGACAGGGAUGAUGCCUGGAAUGCCACCUAUGCCGGGUAUGAUGCCAGGGAUGCCGGGUAUGGGUUUUGGUCCUCCAAUGCCUGGUCCUUUAGGACCAAUGCCUAUGGACUUGCCAACUACCAGCAUGAGCAAAGGCAUGGGACCAGGCUUCAUGGGUCCUGGUGGUACUUUGCCUAUGGUAGGAGGUAUGCCCCGUGGUCCAAUGAUUCCACCAUCUACACUUGCAAGUACAGUGCAUGCACCACCUAAACCUCUAUUUCCAGCUGCUGUUGCUCAGACUUCAUCAUCAUCAACAACAUCUCAUGUACCUGUGGGAACAGAUUUCAAACCAUUAGUAACUACUCAGACACGACCAACAUUUCCAGCUUAUAGUGGAAGUGCAUCUCCUAGUACAUCAGGUCAGAUAUCAAAAACUCAUGGAUCUGGACCAGUAUUAUAUAAUUCAGAAAUUCCUUCAAGUCCUCAAAUAAAUGCAGAUAACAAGCGUCCUGGAACUGUGGUAACAACAAAUGCAUCUAGCAAAAUUAUACAUCCAGAAGAGGAUGUAUCUUUGGAAGAAAAAAGGGCUCAGUUACCUAGGUAUCAAAUGCAUAUGGGUGUAGGUGCUGUACCAAUGUUAGGUGGAAAGCCAAUGUCUAUGCCGCAAGCAGGAAAUCCUAUGUUAAUGAAUGGUAUGAAUAUGAUGAGGCCUGGUAUGGGAAUGCCUCCUGGCAUGGCAGGAGCUUCAAUGCAAAGGAUGAAUGCCCCUUUUACUGGACAGACUGUUUAUUCUCAAGGACCGUCCCUACUUCCUCAUAUGAUGGGCCAAAGAGGACCACGCCCUUUUUAGUCUUCAUCGCAAUGCACAAAGAUAAGUUUCUAGUAUGUUUCAUUAAAAGAAGAAAUCACACACCUCUUGUGCAGAAGAAAGAUGUACUUUUUUUACAUAAUGAUUUUCUUAUCUGAACUGUUGUCAGGUGCAUUGUUUUAAACAUCGGUCAUAAAGAAUAAUUUUGAACAUUUUGGUGUGCUUUGACAUGAAUCAAGUCACAGGUCAUUGAUAGCUAACCUGUGGAGUUAGCAAACUGAAGUAUCAAAUUUAUUCUUGUAUGUAUGUGUAUUAUGGAAUGACACUCUUAAACUUUUCAGUUAUCUUAUUUUUUAGAAACCUUUUUUUUUUUAAAUCUCCCAAUAUGUAACUGCCUCAUCCCCUUUUUUUAACAGCCCAAAUAUUUCCUUAAAAUAGCUGUUUGAUAUUGUGUAACAUAGGAAUAAAACUGUUCUUUUUUAGCAUUUGGUAAUAAUAAAUUAUUUUUAUUUGUUUAUUUCUUAAAGACUUAUAUUGUGUGUAUAUGUUUUCUUUUCAUAGUAUUUCCCCUCAUAUAUAAAGAUAAUUAUAAAGGAUUUUAUUCUUUCGUAUUAUAAUUUUCAUUUUUCAGUAAAUGUUAAAAAAAAAUUGUGUAUAGUAUUCGGGGUUGGCUUUAAAUAAAUUAUGAUUUAAAAAAAACAUAUAUGAAAUAAGGAUAUUUAAUCUUAACAACGGAUUUGGGAUAUGACUGCACUGAAAGCUAGCCCUGUAUGCUAUUUAAUAUUUUGUGAUGAAAGUCACCAUGAAUAAUAUGCUAUAUAAAUGUGUUGCUUCAUAUUUAGGCCAUGAUUUAUUUUUAUCCUGUUACGUCGGCAAGUCCCAAUUUAACUGCAGUUAUGAAAAUAAUUAAAACACUAUAAAGUCUAGCUUUUUUAGAUUUUAAAUGCAUAACAAUAAUAUUUUUUUUUUAAAUUAUAACAACAAUAUUAUUUUUAAAUUAAUUUUUUGUCAUCAUUUUUCAAACUAAGUAAUUCUACAUAUGCUUUCUGUUCAUCAAAGAUUCCUUCAAUACUUUGAAAAUUACAAGUAUUAAAUUGUAUAUUGAGUGGAAUGCAAAAAUAUCACAAAACAUUUAUCAUUAAAUCAAAGAAAUAUGCCGUCUCAGAUAACUUGAUAUUAGUGUUUUUUUCCACUCUGGACUAACGAAAACUGCUAUUUUCGUACUUUGAAAAAUAUUCAGCAGCUGCAUAUUUAGUUCAUGGUGACUUCAGAAAUUUAUUUACAAUUUAUCUUUUAUAUCGUUUUUUUUUUUUUUUUUUUUUUUUUUUUUU